AUGAAAACUUUCUGGGGACUGAUGAUGUUGCUGGUGGGCGUCGAGGGAAGCCUCGGAGAACUUGGGAAGAUGAUCGAAGAAGAGCUGGGGACAUUUGCUAUUUUAGACUACGGCGAUUACGGAUGCUACUGCGGGCUGGGCGGGGAGGGCCGGCUGCAAGACUCCACGGACCGCUGCUGUUUCACCCACGACCACUGUUACGAAUAUCUAACCACCUGUCACCCCAAACUCAAUACAUACAAAUACACCCGGGUCGACCGAGUCAUCCACUGUGGGGAGGAGACCUGGUGUGAGAAGCAGGUCUGCAAGUGUGACAGGGCCCUGGUCAUCUGCUUCCGAGAGAAUUGGGACACGUACGAUGAAAAAUUAAAGUAUUACAAGUUAAAACCGGGGAACUGCUGA